UGUAGAUGAUUUAUUUUCCACCCACGCAAAAACUAAGCAAGUUAAAAUGCGUUUGGAAAAAAGCAGGUUUUGAUCUUGUAGAGACUGGUUGGGGUUCCGUCGUAUUAAUUACUUCAAUCUGAUGAAGAUCUUGGAGGAAAAAAAAAAGUGAGGGACAGACAAGGUGGCUUCGCUGUAGUUGCAAUAAAUAGACGAAUAUUGAUGACCAGAACUAGUAUAUGACAAUUGUUCAUGUUUAAAUACAGACAAUAGAAAUCGUAUUGUGGCUUGGUUCAACUGAAGACAGAGCUUAGCUAACAAGUCAGAUGCAAUAGAAAAGAAUGGGAAACUUAAUCGAAAACUUUACCAAUCUGACUAGCAAAGCAGACAACAUGGCAAAGAGUUCUCCCUCUGGGUUACGAAUUGGCGAAUGCGAUGAACUUGUCCAAGGCGCACAAUCAGAGUGGAUCACCAAAGUCGURGCUUUCAUCUUUAUAUUUUUAUUGUGUAUCUUUUGGAAUUCRUUUGUUAUUUUYUUGGUCUACAAGUCCAAGAAGCUUCACAARGACAUGUGGUACAUGAUCGUUAACAUGGCCGUAGCCGACAUGUUGGUCAUGGCACUUGGCCUAAGAGAAUGGUUGAAUAUUCUUUUCUCUAACUCUCGAUCAUGGAAGAUAGGAGGAGCGUUAGGGACUGUAACUUGCAAAAUYGGCACUCUGCUUCGAUUUGUGGCGCCUAUUGURUCGCUGACGACAUUGAUCGCAAUAUCYGUCGAKCGCCUUCGAGCCGUGUCAAGCCCCACCAGAGUACAACCUGCAGGRAGGUUGCUUUUCUGUUCCCUGCUAAGUUUGACAUGGUUGAUUCCUAUUGCCUUGUACAGCUACACWCUCUACGCCUUUGAUGUAAUGUCAUUCAGAGACGAAUUGUACUGCAUUGAUCUCUAUUUAGAUAAAAACGGCUGGGUUCUUUACUACUUUGUAUUYUACGUUAUCGUUGUCGUGAUGUUCUUCACCCUCGUCUUUCUUGACAUAGCGAUCAUGAAGAAGCUUAAAAAGACYCAGCGAGCAAUUCAGCUUUCCGAUUCACAAAAGAAGAAAAGAGAGAUCAAGUUCGUACGAGCCGUACGCAUGAUCACAUGCUGUUCAGUGCUGUUCGUCGUUUGCUGGGGCCCGAGAAGCUGUCUACGAUUUCUCGAUCACCUCAAUGUCUUUGAGUUCGAUUAUUGCGUCACCAAAGAUUUCUUCUUCUGUAUCGAUUUUCUYUUCUAUCUGAAUUUUUCGUGUUCGCCAAUAAUUUAUUUCACGUUUUUAAUGGAUUUUCGCGAGGCGAUGAAGGAAACUAUCCGCUCUCUUAGGAAGAAAGUGAGAAAUAACGUACAUGUUGAAAAAUAAAUUAACGAAAAAUGUAGCAAUGCUUAUUCGAAAGGAAAAAAUGUUAAGUAAAAAAACAAAAAAACAAAAAACAACAACAACAAGAAAAAAAAAAAAAAGAAAAGAAAAGAAAAACACAAAAGCAAACAAACAAAAAAUACAGUUAAAGUUUGGUCUUUAGAAGGAGGACGAGAAUUAUAAUAAGAAAAAGUAAACAACUGCAACAAUGGAAAACCCUCACGAACAAUCAARAAAGAACAUCGAGGAAUUUCGAGAAUAACUUUGAGAAAGGAAAUCGUACAGAGGUAUCUUUUGAGAGGAAUUCCGAGCAAAGAAUUUCAAGAGAAUGUGAUUUGCUGAGUAAUUUAAAAWUUGGUAAAGAUGAACAGAAUUAUUAUGAACUCUGAGAUGAACAAAAAAGAUGGGAGAACAUGAUACGAAGAACAUGCACAAAAAUCAUGUACUGUUCCGCUUUCUAUAUGAGAAACUAAAACACCUUACCUUAAAAUAUAUCAAAAGAUAAGUUGCUGUUAAAAAAUUAUUAGUAUAGGAAAUCGCAAGAGCUCGUGCUCUUAAUAAAAGUGUUUGUGUUUGUAAAAGCCUUUAGGCGAGAACAAUUUAAACGUGCGUCAAGGCAUUACGAGUACCCGUUAAUUACUAGAACGUGGUACGAUUUUUUGCUUACAAUWAAACUUGAUGAAGGAGGCAUCAUACGUCCCUUUGACCAAUUUUCUUCAAUAACUAAAGUGUAAUUAUAAAAUUGAAGGACUCUCUAAAAAGGAUAAUCGAUUUUUGUAAUAUACUUUAGUAUAUAGAAACACUGAUGCAAAGGCGAUAUUUACGGAAGAACAAUCUUAAAAAAAUAUUAACAUGAUUACAGUAAAAAGCAUUGUUAAACUAAAUAAAAGUAGAAACGGCUAAGGGGAAAAAUGGAAACGUAUAUGCAUAUAAAUAAAAUAAAAAUAAAAAAACAACGUAAAAUGGCUGGGGGUUAACUAGAACACUUAUGGUUAACUUUACCCUUAGGCUUAAACACUAAUUCUAGUAUCUAUUUUUUUUUUUCUUUGUAAAUAAAAAUAUAUAUAUAUCCUGCAUGAUUGUAGAUAGAUUUCUAGCUAGUACUAAAUGUUUUUAUGUAUUCUUMUUCUCCCUAUGAGUAAAAUAAAGGUUUUUUCUUUGUUUUGCAAGAAAUUAAAGAAAAAACCUGCGAACUAAGACCAAAACCCUUAUCAGUUUCUACAUAUUGAUGUUACUCUUAAUGCAAAUGAGAUAAGCAACCAUGAUGAUUAUAUAAUAAUUCUAGUUUUUCUUACUCAUCCUACUCAAAAAUCAGCCCUUAAAGGUACAUCCUCAGAUGAGGCAAAUCAAAGCUAUAUUAAGUACCAAUCGCAGUUUAACCGCUUCAUUAUCCUGGUCCUUAGCUUGUAGGGAGAAAAAACUCCUGGAAAAAAGACAAUUAUUUGCGAAGAGAUAAAGUUUGCUUGAAAACUGCCUGUAAAAAUAUGAAUAAAUAGUUCAGUAAUUAGAAAUAAAGCUUGCUUGAAAACUGUCUGUACCAAUAGUGAAUAAAUAGCUCAGUAGUUGUAA